GCAGUAAUAACAGUCGGUCAGUAGAUUACAGCAGUUCUUUUCUAGAUUGCUUUUCAAUGCACAGCUGUCUUCGGGAAAAAUUAAUUUAUCCUGUCUACAAUCAUGGGGAGGUUAUAAUUUCAUUUCACAAGGAAAACUGUCACUGGCAUCUGACUGAAAAUGGUUCUUUUCUUGCAUGAGAAAUGAAGAUGUCUUAGAUGUAAGGUGCAGGGUCCAUGGUGUCAGGUUGAAAUUUGGUAUACAAUGUCACACUAUGAGUCUCCUCUGUAGCGGUGGAGACAAUAACAGCAGUUGAUAUUGUAUGUGCAGGAGGCUUUGCACGGGCUUAAUUCCCACAACCAUAGUAUGAACCAGCGUCGCCAUCGUUUGCAUUAUUUACAAGGAUUGUACAUGGCACAGCCAAGAGUCAAAGGCAGGCAGGUUUCUCACCACAGUGCUAAGACGUCAACACUGCGGACCCUCCAGGUACUUUCUAACCACCAGUCUGCUGUUUUCUAGGGGAGCAAUUAACUUCCUGGAGUUAUGGGAAAGCUGGAAAGAAGGAGCAAGUGAGCAUCUGCAAGAGAAACAGAUUCUCCUGUGAAGCACAGCCUGGUAGAGCAUUCUUGGCUGGCUUGUUCUUUCCUCUCAGCAGGCUCCGGCUAUGGACAUGUGUCUGAGCUCCGUGCAGCAGCCUGGGCGCCAGGGGGAAGAACCGAGCUCGCCGGGUGGCUGGUUAGAGGCCGAGAAGAAGGGGGUUCUGCAGAAAGACAGCACCGGGGGACCCCUAGAAGAUUCCAGCAAGAUAGAACAAUCUCUUCAUAGCCUCCAGAAAUUUGUUCCUACAGAUUACGCCAGCUACACGCAGGAGCAUUAUCGGUUUGCAGGAAAGGAGAUUGUCAUCCAGGAAUCCAUAGAGAGUUACGGAGCGGUGGUGUGGCCAGGGGCUACAGCUUUGUGUCAAUAUUUGGAGGAACAUGCUGAGGAACUGAAUUUCCAAGACGCAAAAAUACUUGAAAUUGGUGCUGGACCAGGCCUUGUUUCCACUGUGGCCAGUAUUUUAGGAGCUCAAGUCACAGCAACGGAUUUGCCUGAUGUCCUGGGAAACCUUCAAUACAAUCUUCUAAAAAACACCCUACAAUGUACAGCACAUCUGCCUGAAGUGAAAGAACUGGUAUGGGGUGAAGACCUAGAAAAAAACUUUCCCAAGUCAGCUUUUUACUAUGAUUACAUCCUAGCCUCGGAUGUGGUCUACCAUCACUACUUCCUGGACAAGCUGCUCACCACCAUGGUGUACCUUUCCCAGCCAGGGACGGUGCUGCUUUGGGCAAACAAGUUCAGAUUCAGCACCGACUAUGAAUUUUUAGAUAAAUUCAAGCAAGUUUUUGACACAACACUGUUGGCUGAAUAUCCAGAGUCAUCAGUCAAACUUUUUAAGGGGAUACUAAAAUGGGACUAAAUCCAAUCUUUUGAGUAAUGUGGCAGAUACUGCUUUGGGAAUAAAGACUUCUUUUAUAGGAUUGAGAAGGUAAUACAGAGAAACAACUUGUAUACUUAGAACAAAUGUAACAGUACUGCAGAAACUUUCUCAAGUAACUUAUUUAAUAGGAUCUGGUUAAUCUAAAUAUCUAGAAAGAAUACCAUAAAAAUAUGAAAGCAGCUUUGUUGGUUCCAAAGUCUUGGUUACAUCUUUAAUAAAUCUUACAUGGAUAAA